CUACGAGUGAGUUCAACAUUACAAAAUGUGUUCCCAAAGCCGGUAUUUGCUUUGGCUGGCAGCUUUGAUAAUCACUGCCUUACCGAUUUUCGGAACAAUUAUUGAAUUACCGGAAGACUACGAUUGGACGUCAUCAUGGAGUGAACUGACUGAGCUCGGUGUUGGAAAUCUCACGGAAACAGAUUGUCUUCGCACAUGCACUGUUGGGCAAUUGCCACGAGUCUGUCUAUACACUUUUGUUCUAGAGUUCUAUGCGGCGAUGGGAACCGCCUGCAGAAAUUGUAGCGACGGUGUCUUGGAGGACUGUUAUCUGCCGCAGUGCAUCCCAGCCGAUGGAGUUCAGCGAGGAAUGAUGUCCGUCAACCGGCAGCUUCCCGGACCCCCGAUUAACGUCUGCAAAAAUGACCUAAUCGUAGUCAAUGUAAAAAACCAAAUGGCGGGUACGGGAGCUUCAAUCCACUGGCAUGGACUUCCGAUGAUGAGGGAUCCGUGGAUGGACGGAGUUCCUUACGUAACCCAGUGUCCGAUCGGAGAAUCGAGUUUCCGAUACAUAUUUCCAGCCGAGGCAGUCGGCACGUAUUUCUGGCACUCUCACUCUGGGUUACACAGGGCCAACGGGCACUACGGUUCGUUAGUUAUUCGUGAACCAUGCGUUGACGAACCCUACUCCAAUGAUAUCUACGACUUUGACCUACCCGAGCACACGAUUGUACUUUCCGAUUGGAUGCACGAAACCGCGGAAAUGUUCUUCCCCGGUCUACCCAGCAGAGAACCAGGAAUUGUACCUGAUGCUAUACUGAUUAACGGUUUUGGAUGGUACCUCAAUGGAACUGCGAGUGAAGAUUCCGUCAACUCGUCUUUUCCUCUGGCAACUUUUCACGUAUCCAGAAAUUCAAGUUAUAGGUUCCGGAUCAUCAACUCAGCCAGCCAUGUUUGUGGGUUCCUGUUUCAAAUUCAGAAUCACACUCUGACUCUCAUCGCCGCUGACGGAAUAACGAUCGUGGCGGUCGGUGUCGAUGCCUUUGUCUGCUAUCCUGGUGAAAGAUACGAUUUUGUGAUCAACACGAAUAACACGUCUCUUGAUGAGGACGCAUAUUGGAUGUUCGUCAAUGGCUUGGGAUUAUGCGCGAAUCUCGGAUUAUAUCAGAACGCCGUUCUAUCCUAUGGCACAAACAGCACAGAUUUAGGGAUCAUUCCAAACAGAACUCGACCAACACUAAGUGACCCUCUGAACUUUACGAAAGUCUUAAAUUAUCCAAAUACGACGUGCGGCGAGAGCUCGGACUAUCUCUGCAUCACCGAUCUGAGAUCAAUUGGAAACGAUACAGAGGCAGGAAACUCAAGUGUUUGGACGGCGGAACCAGAUGCCCGACUCGUUAUUCCAUUCGGUUUCCAUGUAUUUGACGUCAACGAUUUUCAUCUACAGGGAACUUACCAAAAAUAUGAGAACCUCCAGGACACUAUUAUUCGAGCGGCCACGACAGGCAAUAUAACUUUCACGUUUCCUUCAAGCCCUAUCACAUUCAAAGAGAAGCCCGAUAACACAUUCUGCAACACUAACAACUUACCAGCCAGGUGCCUAAACAUUAAUAACACUACAGUCGGUUCUUACUGCCAGUGUACCAACGUCGUCGUUUUGCAAGAAAACGACAUCAUCGAGCUGACAUUGGUGGACAAAAGUGGGGGUGAGCUUGAGAGCCAUCCGUUCCAUUUGCACGGCUACUCCUUCUACGUGACGCAUAUGGGUCGAAACUAUACAAAAGAGGACGCGAAUUCUUUGAACCAGACAUCCUGUGAUCCACCACUCAAGGACACCAUCAGUGUACCCAGCGAAGGAUUCGUGACUAUCCGUUUUCGAGCUGAUAAUCCGGGGCGGUGGCUGUUCCAUUGUCACUUCGAAUGGCACCUCUCUACUGGUAUGGCAAUGGUAUUCUGGGUUGAGGGCGAUAUGUUGCCUCCACCUCCAGGAUUCCCGAGAUGUGGCGACUUUAGCUCGUUGACCUAGUUUGAUCGAGAUGAGGAUAUUGAGGGCCGAUGGAAUCGACCUACCAUGUUCAGAAUGUAUAUAAUUAUUCAAUAUGGCUGAAUAAAUACAUCGAAUUUCUGUUUAUCAAACGGAAUUAAUAUUUAA